GAAAACGCAGAAGAUAGACCAAGUAUGUUAGACGUUGUUUCCAUGAUAUACGGCGAAGGCAACAACGCUCUUUCGUUGCCUAAAGAGCCAGCUUUCUAUGAUGGUCCUCGGAGAAGCUUGCCGGAGAUGGAUUUUGAGGAGCCACAAGAGGUGGUUAAUGUAUCGGCGAAUAGAGUUACCAUCACAGUUAUGGAAGCAAGGGCAAUCAUGCUGUGAAACAGAUACGCUGCAGCAGGGUCAGUACUUGAAAGUUGGGGAAGAGCUAAACUCGCCUUUCAAUAUCUUCAAGCUCAAGUUUUUUAACUUCAAGAAUUCAAGCAACUGGUGGUAUCUUGGGAUUUCGUACAACAGUUUGUAUCUUCAUAAUAAUAAUGAGUAUGAUUCUGCUAGCCAUCAGGACAGACCUGUCUGGAUUGCUAAUCGCAACAAUCCAAUCUCAGGACGCUCUGGAAGCCUUAAAGUGGACCCUCUUGGCAGAUUGAGGAUUUUAAGAGGAGCAUCAAGCUUGCUUGAGCUAAGCUCCACGGAAACCACGGCAAACACAACCCUUACGCUGUUGGAUUCUGGAAAUCUUCAGCUUCAAGAGAUGGAUUCUGGUGGCUCGAUGAGGCGGAUUUUGUGGCAAAGCUUUGAUUAUCCAACAGACACUCUUCUUCCGGGGAUGAAACUUGGUUUCAAUGUCAAGACUGGGAAGAGAUGGGAACUGACAUCAUGGCUAGGUGAUACUUUACCUGCUUCUGGAUCUUUUGUCUUUGGGAUGGAUGCUAAAGUUACAAACCGACUGACCAUCUUAUGGCAUGGAAAUAUGUUUUGGGCAAGUGGGAUCUGGUUCAAGGGUCAAUUCCUCGUGGAGAACAGGCUGGGUUUCGACGUUUCCUUCGUUUCAACCAAGAGUGAACGUUAUUUUAUGUACUUAGGUGAUCAGAGUGAUGGAACAUUAUUUCCCAGGAUAAUGAUAGACAAACAGGGCACUUUGCGGACGAUCAAUCUUAAAGGAGUACAACGAAAUGUCCUUUGCUCUUCUGUCUCUGAUUACAAGCUUGAAUAUGGUUGUUACCAAAAGAAAUCCAUGAAAUGCAGGUACAAACGUUACGGAGAUUUAGACAAGAAUGGGCGUUGUUUGGAGUAUGGAAAGUGUUGGAGCUUUAGUAAUUAUUUCAUAGAUGGAGUAUUUACUUCCUUGGGAAAUGGAUUUAUUCUUAGCGAGACUGAUGGAAGAUUAAGCUCAUAUGAUUGCAAUGUUAAAUGUCACCAAAACUGUUCUUGUCUUGCCUAUGCUUCAACCCAUGCCGAUGGUACGGGCUGUGAACUCUGGAACACUGAUCCUACAAACAAUGGGUCGUCCUUUCAUCGACACAGGACUGUACAUGUCCGUGAAAAAGUUUUCGAGUAUACAGGAGUAGACAACCUUAUGAACCAUAAGGCGGCAAUUUGGCUAGUUGUUGUGGCGUCACUAAUCCUAAUCAUACCUGUUACUUGGUUGAUCAUCUAUCUUGUUCUGAGGAAAUUUAAAUUGAAAGUAACUGUUAUAUUUCGCGAAAUGUUCAACUUUUUAUUGGGAAAAGUCAUUCCAAAAAUAAUUGUUACAUUCCGCGGAAUGUUCUACUAUUUAUGGGGAAAAGUCAUUCCACAAAUGAUUAAUUGCAUACGGAGGAGGCUUUUAAAACUGAGAGUUGGGUCAACAGUAGACCAAGAAAUGCUACUACGUGAGUUGGGAAUUGAUAGGAGACGCCGAGGCAACAGAAGUGCAAGGAAAAAUAAUAAUAAUGAGCUUCAGAUUUUUAGCUUUGAAAGUGUAGCCUUGGCAACAGAUUACUUCUCUGAUGCAAACAAGCUCGGUGAAGGAGGUUUUGGUCCUGUAUAUAAGGGGAGGCUAAGAGAUGAGGAAGAAGUAGCUAUCAAAAGACUAUCAUUAUCAUCUGGGCAAGGAUUAGUGGAGUUCAAGAACGAAGCUAUGCUUAUUGCAAAACUUCAGCACACUAAUCUUGUUCGGUUGCUAGGGUGCUGCAUCGAGAAGGAAGAGAAAAUGUUGAUUUACGAAUACAUGCCCAACAAGAGCCUUGACUACUUCCUCUUUGAUCCCUUGAGGAAAAACAUUCUGGAUUGGACGCUGCGGUUCAGGAUCAUGGAAGGGAUAAUUCAAGGGCUUUUGUACCUUCACAAGUACUCGAGAUUGAAAGUGAUACACAGAGACAUCAAAGCCAGCAACAUUUUGCUGGACGAGGAUAUGAAUCCAAAGAUAGCAGAUUUUGGAAUGGCUCGGAUAUUUGGAGCGCAAGAAUCCAGAGCCAACACCAAAAGAGUUGCUGACACAUUUGGAUAUAUGUCUCCUGAGUACUUCAGAGAAGGACUAUUCUCAACGAAAUUAGAUGUGUUCAGCUUCGGGGUUCUAAUGCUGGAAAUCAUUUGUGGAAGGAAGAACAAUAGCUUCCACCAUGACUCAGAAGGACCUCUGAAUCUCAUAGUUCAUGUGUGGAAUCUGUUUAAAGAGAACCGAGUUAGCGAGGUGAUAGAUCCAUCUUUGGGAAAACCUGCACUUGAGAGCCCGCAGGUGUUGAGAUGCGUACAAGUUGCUCUGUUGUGUGUACAAGAAAACGCAGAAGAUAGACCAAAUAUGUUAGACGUUGUGUCGAUGAUAUAUGGAGAAGGCAACAAUGCUCUUUCUUUGCCUAAAGAGCCAGCUUUCUAUGGUGGUCCUCGGAUAAGCUCGCCAGAGAUGGAGGUUGAGCCACAGGAGGUGGAAAAUGUAUCGGCUAAUAGAGUUACCAUCACAGUGAUGGAAGCAAGGUGAAGCUAGUGAAUUGAACAAAACUGAUAGUUCGUAUUCGUAUGUGAAUCUCAUCUCAUUGUUACUUACUUGUAAUAUUUUACCUGAUCGUUUGAGAGAUUCAAAAUACCUGAUCACACUUGCUUAUUA